CGCAGGUGAGGUGGCGGCGACCGGCGUCUGCGACUCCGGUCCGUUCCGCGUCACUUCCCGACGACUCCGGUCCGCUUCGCGACCCCGGUCUCCUCAGCGUCGCCUCCUGACGACUCGGACCCGGGCGCGACCCGACACGUCCUUCGUCCGGGCGGCGAGAAUGGCACAGAAGAAAUAUCUUCAAGCAAAAUUGACCCAGUUUUUAAGGGAAGACAGGAUUCAACUUUGGAAACCUCCUUAUACAGAUGAGAAUAAGGAAGUUGGCUUGGCAUUAAAGGACCUUGCCAAGAAGUACUCUGACAAGCUAGACUGCUGUGAAAAUGAAGUUGAGAAUAUAAUAGAAGAAAUACGUUGCAAAGCAAUCGAGCGUGGAACAGGAAAUGAAAAUUACAAGACAACAGGAAUUGCAACAAUUGAGGUGUUUUUACCUGCAAGGCUACGAAAAGACAGGAAGAGCUUGCUAGAGACCCGACUGCACGUCACUGGCAGAGAUCUGAGGUCUAAAAUAGCUGAAACCUUUGGAUUUCAAGAAAAUUACAUCAAGAUUGUCAUAAAUAAGAAACAGCUCCAGCUAGGAAAAAGCCUUGAAGAACAAGGAGUGACUCACAAUGUCAAGGCCAUGGUGCUUGAACUAAAACAAUCUGAAGAGGAUGUGAGGAAAAACUUCCAAGUAGAGGAAGAGGAGCAAAAUGAAGCCGAACUCAAAGAGAAACGAAUUCAGAGGAUGAAAAGAGGACUAGAGAUACUGGCAGAGAGAGCUGAGAUGGUGGAUCCAGAAACCAUGCCGUACUUGGACAUUGCAAACCAGACAGGCAGAUCAAUCAGAAUUCCCCCAUCAGAGAGAAAGGCACUUAUGUUAGCAAUGGGCUAUCAUGAGAAGGGUAGAGCUUUCCUGAAAAGAAAGGAAUAUGGAAUAGCCUUGCCAUGUCUUUUGGAUGCUGACAGAUAUUUCUGUGAGUGCUGCAGGGAGCUGUUGGACACGGUGGAUAACUACGCCGUGCUCCAGCUGGACAUAGUCUGGUGCUACUUCCGCCUGGAGCAGCUGGAGUGCCUUGAUGAUGCCGAGAAAAAGUUAAACUUGGCCCAGAACUGCUUUAAAAAUUGUUACGGAGAAAAUCAUCAGAGGCUGGUCCACAUCAAAGGAAAUUGCGGGAAGGAGAAGGUGUUGUUUUUAAGACUCUACCUGCUUCAGGGGAUACGAAAUUAUCACAGUGGGAAUGGAGAAGAGGCUCGGGAGUAUCUCAGCAAGGCAAGUCAGCUCUUUAAAGAGCUGUAUAUUGAUCCGUCGAAAGUUCACAACUUGUUGCAGUUGGGUUUCACGGCCCAGGAAGCCCGGCUUGGCCUGCGAGCCUGUGAUGGGAACGUGGAUCAUGCAGCUACUCACAUCUCCAACCGCAGAGAGGAGCUGGCCCAGAUAAGGAGGGAGGAGAAGGAGAAGAAGCGCCGCCGGCUGGAGAGCAUCGACUCCCUGAGACGAAUGGGCUACUCGGCGCACGCGGCCAAGCGGGCCCUGCACCAGACCAGCGGGAACCUGGAGGAGGCCCUGAAGUUCCUCCUCAGCAAUCCUCACCUGUGGUGGCUGCACGGCUCAGAGUCUGACACUAAUGGCCACCAAGGAAGCCCUGCCCAGGAGAGCAUCGACCAACUGGUGUACAUGGGUUUUGACACAGUUGUGGCCGAAGCCGCGCUGCGGGUGUUUGGGGGCAACGUCCAGCUGGCAGCUCAGACCCUGGCACACCACGGAGGGACCCUUCCUCCCGACCUGCAGUUCUCGGGGGAGGACGACUCCUCUACGCCAUCCACGUCUCCUUCGGACUCCGCAGGAACCUCAAGCGCCUCCACUGAUGAAGACAUGGAGACAGAGGCCGUCAACGAGAUCUUGGAGGACAUCCCCGAGCACGAGGAGGACUACCUGGACUCCACGCUGGAGGAUGAAGAGAUGAUUAUCGCAGAGUACUUAUCCUACGUAGAACACAUAAAGUCAGCCCCUAAGAAAAACUAGAGAAUGAACAGAAAUAAGUGCUAAGUUUCUGCUUAUAAAUCCCGUCAUUGUGAAAAUUCUAAUGCAGGCCUUCCUUGUGUUCCAUUUGCUGUUGAUGGGUUUUGUUCUUUGGUGUAGGAGGGGCCGCAGGGGACCCCCGCAGAGGACAGAGAUAAGGGGGACUUGGGAAGGAGCACGCUCUGGCCUGACUCUGCUGUUCCUUCUGGCUCCCGACUCCGCCUCCCUGCCUGCCCAUCUACAACCAAAGAGCAGGCUCACCACAGGAGCAAGGGGCCGUGCUCCCUGGGGUCUCGGGGCACAGGGGACAGUUGGGUGUGCUGGGCCCGGCUUGUUUCCUGUGUAGCUCUCAAACCGCUUUUGGAGAGGCCCCUCUGCUCAUGCCGGCCAGCCCCGCGCUCGCAGCUGCCAUGCUACUCCGGCCUUCCGGCCAAGGGCCGUGUGCUGACAAGGCUCAGUCCCUCCCGGCAAAUGCUUUAUCUUGAAACAGUGGUUCCUAUGAGUUCAGCAAAACACCCACUUAAAAUUCAAGGUUGCGAUCGCUCCCUAUGUGUCAGUCCUUGUUCAAAGUGAAAAUCUUGUAUUAAAUAACAUAUUAAUCAAA